CAGUUGACCGUAGCCGUUGUCAAUUUACGGCCUCCAGCCUCCAGCUGCAUAGCUGGUACAUUACUUAUCUUAAAUUUAGCUAUUGAUUCUUAUUAGAAAAGAUUAUCUUCCAACAAACAUCAUGGGAGACUCCCUUGACGGGAGCGAGAAUGCCCCGGAGGCACAAAACGUCGUCGUGGUUGAUUUCCAAGACUUCGCAAACUACCUGCGGCGGGCCGCAACGGUACUUUUGCCUGAAGAUGAUAUCGUUCCGCCGACGCUGAACGCCGCACUUGACGACAAAGUGAAUCAAGACUGCAUUCGCAAGUUCAUCUGCGAUCCGCAGGUGUCUUCGUUGUAUGUACAGCGGUUCUCAUCCAAAGAAGAUGACAAUGAGCAGCCAACAGAAGGUGAAGAGGAAAAAGAAGCUGUUACUUAUCAAAUCAGCAAUGAAGUGCACUUUACAUCGCCUCGGGUUGCAGCAUUUGUCUGCAUCAAGCGAGGUGCCGUCAUCGAGGCUGACAAGUCCAUCCACAGUCAACUGCGCCUCAUCAACCUGUCUGAUGGCUCCCCGUAUGAGACCCUUCAUGCUUUUAUCAGCAAGACCAUGGCUCCAUUCUUCAAGAGCUACGUGAAGGAGAGUGGAAGAGCAGAUAGGGAUGGAGAUAAAAUGGCACCAUCUGUCGAGAAGAAAAUUGCAGAGCUGGAAAUGGGUCUUUUACACCUCCAGCAAAACAUUGAUAUCCCAGAGAUUACCCUGCCUGUUCACCCGGUGGUAGCAGCUGUAAUCAAAAGGGCUGCUGAUGAAGGGCGUAAACCACGCGUAGCCGACUUCGGUGACAAAGUGGAGGACUCCACAUUCCUCAAUCAACUGCAGAAUGGUGUCAACCGUUGGAUCAAGGAGAUCCAAAAAGUCACUAAACUGGACCGAGAUCCAUCAAAUGGAACUGCUCUCCAAGAAAUCUCGUUUUGGCUGAAUCUUGAGAGAGCACUUCACCGCAUUCAGGAGAAAAGAGAGAGUAUUGAGGUGGCUCUUACUCUCGAAAUCCUGAAAUACGGGAAGCGUUUCCACGCGACCGUCUCGUUCGACACCGACACUGGCUUGAAGCAGGCUCUGGCCACGGUCUCCGACUACAAUCCACUGAUGAAAGACUUCCCCAUCAAUGACCUGUUGAGUGCCACUGAACUGGAGAGAAUCAGACUGGCAGUGCAACAAAUCUUUUCGCAUCUCCGCAAGAUCCGGUCCACCAAGUAUCCGAUACAGCGCGGCUUGCGACUCGUUGAAGCUAUUUCACGCGAUCUCUCGCAACAACUGUUAAAGGUGCUAGGUACUCGACGUCUCAUGCACAUUCCAUUCGAGGAUUUUGAGCGCGUGAUGACGCAAUGCUUCGAAGUGUUCUCCUGCUGGGACGACGAAUAUGAGAAACUGCAAGGUUUGCUGCGUGAUAUAGUAAAAAAGAAGCGCGACGAGCAUCUCAAGAUGGUGUGGCGAGUGUCUCCGUCCCACAAGCGGCUGCAGGCGCGCAUGGAGCACAUGAGGCGGUUCCGCAGGCACCACGAGCAACUGCGCACUGUCAUGCUCAGAGUGCUGCGCCCGCGCGCGGCCGCGAGCGCGGAGGCGGGCGGCGGCGGCGACCCCGCGCAGCCGCACUCGCUGCCCAUGGACGCGGCCGAUGCCAACGCCAUCGCUGAGGUCAACUUGGCGUAUGAAAAUGUGAAAGAAGUAGACUGCCUGGACAUCUCCCGCGAGGGCUGCGACGCCUGGGAAGCUGCCGUACGUCGGUAUGAAGAUAGGAUUGAUCGCGUGGAGACCCGCAUCACGGCGCACCUCCGCGACCAGCUGGGCACCGCCAAGAACGCCAAUGAGAUGUUCCGCAUAUUCUCGCGGUUCAACGCGCUCUUCGUACGGCCGCACAUCCGCGGCGCCAUCAGAGAGUACCAAACACAACUUAUACAGCGCGUCAAAGAUGAUAUCGAGACUUUGCACGAGAAGUUUAAGGUGCAAUACCCCCAAUCGAAAUGCAGCCGUCUAUCAUUAGUCCGCGACCUGCCGCCCGUGGCUGGUUCCAUCAUCUGGGCGAAGCAGAUCGACCAUCAACUCACUGCCUACCUCAAAAGAGUUGAGGAUGUACUUGGUAAGGGCUGGGAGAAUCAUAUCGAAGGUCAAAAACUGAAGGCUGAUGGAGACAGUUUCCGCCUCAAACUUGACACCCAAGAAGUUUUCGAUGACUGGGCCCGAAAGGUCCAACAACGCAACCUGGGUGUGUACGGGCGUAUUUUCGCAAUCGAGUCUGUUCGCGCCCGCUCCAGCAAAACGGGAACCAUAUUGAAAUUGAAAGUCAACUUUUUACCAGAAAUCAUCACCCUGUAUAAGGAAGUGCGUAACUUGAAGAACCUCGGAUUUAGGGUUCCCUUGGCAAUCGUGAACAAAGCCCACCAGGCAAAUCAGCUAUAUCCGUUCGCCAUAUCGCUAAUCGAGAGUGUACGCACGUACGAACGCACUUUAGAAAAGAUUCGCGACAAAGCGUCAAUCAUUCCAUUGGUAGCUGGACUAAGGCGCGACGUGUUGAACCAAGUCUCUGAAGGCAUGGCGCUUGUAUGGGAGUCUUACAAGCUGGAUCCGUUCGUACAAAAACUGAGCGAAGUCGUCUUGUUGUUCCAAGAGAAGGUUGAAGAUCUCCUAGCCGUAGAAGAACAGAUAUCAGUGGACGCGAGAUCGCUGGAGACGUGUCCGUACUCGGCACAGAGCCUGGCAGACAUCCUGAGCCGCCUGCAGCGCGCGGUGGACGACUUGUCUCUGCGCCAGUACAGCAACCUGCAUCUGUGGGUGCAGCGGCUCGAUGAGGAGGUGGAAAAAAGCUUGGCCGCUCGUUUGCAAGCGGGAGUGGAAGCCUGGACCAUGGCUCUGCUGGGCAAGGUCAACGAACUCGACCUGUCCAUGGAUACGUACUCCCCGGCCGAGCCCACGCACAAGCCGGGAGGGGAACCGCAGAUCGCGCGUGUAGUCCACGAAGUGCGCAUCACGAACCAGCAGAUGUACCUGUUCCCGUCGCUGGAAGAGGCGCGCUUCCAACUCAUGCGGCAGAUGUUCGCCUGGCAGGCAGUGGUGACCAGUCAACAACGAUUACAGAGUACCAGGUACCAGGUAGGCGUUUCUCGCGCCCAACCAGCCACAUACCGCAAUCUUCUUACAAAACUCCCCGGCGGCAGUGCACCACUAGAGAACGCUUAUGACGCGAUAGAACAGAAGAUAUCGCAGGUUCGCGAAUACGUCGACGAGUGGCUACGCUACCAAGCAUUGUGGGAUCUACAGCCGGAAAGUUUGUACGGCCGUCUUGGCGAGGAUAUAACAUUGUGGAUCAAGUGCCUAAAUGACAUCAAGAAAUCUCGCACAACAUUUGACACAUCGGAUACUCGCCGCGAAUACGGGCCGGUCGUCAUCGACUUCGCUCGCGUGCAAAGCAAGGUCGCGUUGAAAUACGACGCUUGGCACAAAGAAGUUCUCGGCAAGUUCGGCGCACUGCUCGGAGGGGAAAUGGUUACAUUCCACUCGCAAUUGGCCAAGUCUCGAAGCCAACUCGAACAACAAACCAUUGAAGCGGCAUCAACCAGUGACGCUGUAUCUCUCAUUACUUACGUUCAGCAACUAAAGAGAGAAGUCUUGGCAUGGGAAAAGCAAGUCGAUAUCUACAGAGAGGCUCAACGCAUUCUGGAAAGACAAAGAUUCCAGUUCCCAGCACAGUGGUUGCACGUUGAUAACAUCGAAGGAGAAUGGAGCGCCUUCAACGAAAUCAUGCGCAGAAAGGAUUCCUCUAUCCAAACUCAGGUCGCAUCUCUGCAACAGAAGAUCGUAGCGGAAGAUAAAGCGGUCGAGGCUCGUACUCUGGAGUUCCUUGGGGAAUGGGAGCGCAGCAAGCCCACUGACGGCUCCACGAGACCUGAAGACGCCCUCGCUAGGCUCCAGGCUAUGGAAACCAGAUAUACACGCCUCAAAGAUGAGAGAGACAACGUGGCAAAAGCCAAGGAGGCACUGGAGUUGCAUGACACUGGCACUUCAGUGAAUAACGAACGCAUGACAGUUGCCUUGGAAGAGCUGCAAGACUUGCGCGGCGUGUGGUCCUCUCUCAGCAAGAUCUGGACUCAAAUUGAUGAUAUCAGGGAGAAACCUUGGCUCUCGGUGCAGCCUAGAAAACUGAGGCAACAAUUGGAAGCCAUGUUGAAUGAGCUGAAGGAGCUGCCCGCUCGUCUCCGUAUGUAUGACAGCUACGAGUAUGUCCGCAAGCUGCUGCAAUCUUACACAAAGGUGAACAUGUUGAUCGUCGAGUUGAAAUCCGACGCACUGAAAGAGCGUCACUGGCGCCAACUUUGCCGCGCUCUUAAAGUGGAUUGGUCGCUGUCCGAACUCACUCUGGGACAAGUAUGGGAUGCUGAUUUGCUCCACAACGAGCAUACUGUGAAAGAUGUAGUUUCUGUAGCUCAAGGAGAGAUGGCGCUGGAGGAAUUCUUGAAGCAGGUUCGUGAGUCUUGGCAAAGCUACGAACUGGACCUGAUAAACUACCAGAACAAAUGCAAGAUCAUCCGCGGCUGGGACGACCUGUUCAACAAAGUCAAGGAGCAUAUCAACAGCGUUGCCGCUAUGAAACUUUCGCCGUAUUAUAAGGUGUUCGAAGAAGAAGCUCUCACAUGGGAGGAAAAACUCAAUCGUAUCAACGCAUUGUUCGACGUAUGGAUCGACGUGCAACGCCGUUGGGUUUACUUGGAAGGCAUCUUCAGUGGAUCAGCCGAUAUCAAGACUUUAUUACCAGUGGAAACUAGCCGGUUCCAGAGCAUAAGUUCUGAAUUCCUUGGGCUGAUGAAGAAAGUGAGCAAGUCCCCGAUGGUGAUGGACGUGUUGAAUAUUCCUGGAGUGCAAAGGUCGCUGGAACGCCUUGCUGACUUGCUCGGCAAAAUACAGAAGGCGCUUGGCGAGUACUUGGAGCGGGAGAGGAGCAGUUUCCCAAGAUUCUAUUUCGUGGGCGACGAAGACCUACUAGAGAUUAUUGGCAACAGCAAGAACAUCGCUCGCCUGCAGAAGCACUUCAAGAAGAUGUUCGCGGGCGUCGCCGCCAUCAUACUCAACGAGGAUAAUACCGUUAUCAAUGGCAUAGCUUCUAGGGAGGGGGAAGAGGUGUACUUCAUGUCACCAGUUUCAACCAUAGAGAACCCGAAGAUCAACUCGUGGCUGUCUAUGGUUGAACGCGAGAUGCGAGUUACUUUGGCGUGUCGCCUCAAAGACGCCGUGGGCGAUGUGAAACAGUUCAAGGAUGGAAAUGUCGACCCACAGAAGUUUAUUGAUUGGUGCGACAAGUAUCAAGCACAAAUCGUAGUUCUAGCGGCGCAGAUUCUUUGGUCGGAAGACGUGGAAGCAGCGCUCACCAGCGGUGGUGGGGAUGGACUCAAGCGAGUACUGGCCCACGUUGAGAACAUGCUGAAUAUCUUGGCGGACUCCGUGCUGCAGGAACAACCGCCGCUGAGGAGGAGGAAAUUAGAACAUUUGAUCAACGAGUUCGUACACAAGCGCACGGUGACGCGCCGUCUCAUCGCGUCCGACGUGAACAGCCCGAGGUCGUUCGAGUGGCUCUGCGAGAUGAGAUUCUACUUCGAUCCCAGGAAUAACGACGUACUGCAACAACUUACAAUCCACAUGGCAAACGCCAAAUUCUUGUACGGCUUCGAGUACCUGGGUGUGCAGGAUCGCCUGGUGCAGACUCCGCUGACGGACCGCUGCUAUCUCACCAUGACACAGGCUUUGGAGGCCAGGCUUGGAGGCUCUCCGUUUGGUCCCGCCGGAACGGGCAAAACGGAGUCUGUGAAAGCCCUGGGUAACCAAUUGGGCCGCUUCGUGUUGGUGUUCAACUGCGACGAGACUUUCGACUUCCAAGCCAUGGGCCGUAUCUUUGUUGGUCUUUGCCAGGUAGGUGCUUGGGGUUGCUUCGACGAGUUCAAUCGUUUGGAGGAGCGAAUGUUGUCGGCCGUGUCCCAGCAAGUUCAGACUAUACAAGAGGCGCUCAAGAGCCACCAGGAAGGAGAUAACACUACCGGUAAAUCCAUCACCGUGGAAUUGGUCGGCAAGCAAGUUCGCGUCUCCCAAGACAUGGCUAUCUUCAUCACCAUGAACCCUGGGUACGCGGGCCGCUCCAACCUGCCCGAUAACCUAAAGAAGCUGUUCCGAAGCUUGGCCAUGACCACGCCAGAUAGACAGCUCAUUGCUGAGGUUAUGCUGUUCAGCCAAGGAUUUAGGACUGCUGAGAAACUGGCCUGCAAGAUCGUGCCUUUCUUCAAACUUUGUGACGAACAACUAUCGAAUCAAUCCCACUACGACUUUGGACUCCGAGCGCUCAAAUCUGUUUUGGUGUCGGCUGGUAACGUCAAACGAGAUCGCAUACAGAAAAUCAAGGAGAAUUUGAUCGAGCGUGGUACAGAAGUGCCAGACGAAGCGUCCAUUGCGGAGUCGCUUCCGGAACAAGAUAUAUUGAUUCAGUCCGUGUGUGAGACUAUGGUCCCGAAAUUGGUGGCGGAAGACAUUCCGCUUCUCUUCUCGCUGCUAAACGAUGUGUUCCCAAAUGUGGGGUACACUCGCGCUGAGAUGACUGGUUUAAAGAACGAAAUCCGUGCGGUUUGCGCUGAAGAAUUCCUCGUUUGUGGAGAAGGGGAUGAGCAAGGCUCCACUUGGAUGGACAAGAGGCGCAGCGCGGCGUCGCGGGCGCAGCACAGCACGUGGAUAGAGAAGGUCCUUCAGCUAUACCAGAUCUGCAAACUAAACCAUGGUCUGAUGAUGGUGGGCCCGUCCGGCAGCGGGAAGUCUACGGCAUGGCGCGUACUUCUCAAGGCUUUGGAAAGAUACGAGGGCGUAGAAGGAGUUGCUCACGUGAUCGACCCGAAGGCAAUGUCAAAGGAAACGCUAUACGGUGUUCUAGACCCCAACACUCGGGAAUGGACUGAUGGUCUCUUCACACAUAUUUUGAGGAAAAUAAUCGACAACGUCCGCGGUGAGAUCAACAAGCGGCAAUGGAUCAUUUUCGACGGAGACGUGGACCCCGAGUGGGUGGAGAACUUAAACUCGGUGCUAGACGACAACAAACUACUGACUUUGCCCAAUGGCGAGCGAUUAUCGUUGCCGCCUAACGUGCGGGUAAUGUUUGAGGUUCAAGAUUUGAAGUACGCAACCCUGGCUACAGUAUCGCGUUGCGGUAUGGUCUGGUUCUCACAGGAUGUGCUCACUACGGAGAUGAUUUUCGAGAAUUAUCUCAUGAGAUUGAGAAACAUCCCGCUCGAAGACGGAGACGAAGACUCAUUCAGCAUCGUAAUGGCUGCCCCGAGCGCGGGUGGCGAUCAAAAUGCCGUCGAGAAUAUUUUGUCGCCAGCUUUACAAACUCAACGCGACGUAGCUGCGAUACUCCAGCCCCUAUUCUUUGGCGACGGCUUAGUGGUGAAAUGUCUUGAACGUGCGGCGAGCCUCGAUCAUAUCAUGGACUUCACGAGGCACAGAGCCUUGUCCUCGCUGCACUCUAUGUUGAAUCGCGGCGUGAGGAACAUCCUGGCAUACAACCGCCAACACCCGGACUUCCCCAUAACCAACGAGCAGCUGGAGGCGUACGUGCCCAAAUGGCUUGUAUAUUCACUGCUAUGGUCGUUUGCUGGUGACGCCAAAUUGAAGGACCGUAACGAACUGGGCGAUUUCAUAAGGUCUGCCAGUACCAUGCCUUUACCUAACUGCGGGGCGAAUCAACACAUCAUUGACUUUGAGGUGUCAAUAACCGGCGAAUGGGUGCCGUGGUCUGCCAAAGUGCCGCAGAUCGAGGUGGAGACCCACAAGGUGGCCGCGCCCGACGUGGUGGUGCCCACACUGGACACCGUGCGCCACGAGGCGCUGCUGUACACUUGGCUGGCAGAACAUAAGCCGUUGGUUCUCUGCGGCCCGCCUGGUUCCGGAAAGACUAUGACUCUAUUCUCGGCUCUCCGAGCGUUACCCGACAUGGAAGUGGUGGGUCUGAACUUCUCUUCCGCCACCACGCCCGAGCUACUUCUCAAGACCUUCGACCACUACUGCGAGUACAGGAAGACACCCAACGGAGUCGUCUUGGCUCCGGUUCAGCUGGGAAAAUGGUUGGUGCUGUUCUGCGACGAAAUCAACUUGCCGGACAUGGACCAAUACGGGACACAACGUGUCAUAUCCUUCUUGAGGCAACUGCUUGAGCAUAAAGGAUUCUACAGGGCUAGUGAUCACUCGUGGGUCCACCUAGAACGUAUCCAAUUCGUGGGAGCGUGUAACCCGCCCACUGAUCCCGGCAGAAAGCCUCUGUCACACCGCCUGCUGAGACAUGUCCCGGUUAUCUACGUCGAUUACCCUGGAGAGACCUCAUUGGAACAGAUUUACGGCACAUUCACCCGCGCCAUGCUUCGCAUGCAACCCGCUCUACGCGGUUACGCGGAACCCCUCACCCAGGCCAUGGUCAAACUGUACCUGGCGUCCCAGGAACGAUUCACCCAGGACAUGCAGCCACACUAUGUGUACUCGCCCAGAGAGAUGACCAGAUGGGUGCGCGGUAUAUGCGAGGCUAUACGGCCACUUGAUAACUUGUCUGUCGAAGGCCUAGUUCGUUUGUGGGCGCAUGAAGCCCUGCGUCUCUUCCAAGACAGACUGGUUGAAGACUCGGAGAGACAAUGGACCGACGAGAAUAUUGACAACGUCGCGAUGAUGUUCUUCCCAGGUAUCAACAGAGAACAAGCUCUCGGUCGCCCGAUUCUGUACAGCAACUGGUUGAGCAAAGACUAUAUUCCCGUGGAAAGAGACCAGCUUCGCGAAUACGUGAAGGCUCGUCUAAAGGUGUUCUACGAAGAAGAGCUAGACGUGCCCCUGGUCUUGUUCGACGAAGUAUUGGACCACGUGCUCCGUAUCGACCGCAUCUUCCGCCAGCCUCAAGGCCACCUGCUCCUCAUCGGGGUGUCCGGCGCAGGCAAGACCACGCUCAGUCGCUUCGUGGCCUGGAUGAACGGAUUGAGCAUCUUCCAGAUCAAGGUGCACAAUAAAUACACUGGAGCUGACUUCGACGAAGACCUCCGAUCUGUACUGAGACGCGCAGGCUGUCGUGAUGAGAAGGUGGCCUUCAUCCUGGACGAGUCCAACGUGCUCGACAGCGGCUUCUUGGAGAGAAUGAACACUCUUCUUGCCAAUGGAGAGGUGCCCGGAUUAUUCGAAGGUGACGAGUUUGCCGCUCUCAUGACUCAGUGCAAAGAGGGCGCACAAAGAGAAGGGCUUAUGCUGGACUCUAAUGACGAACUUUACAAAUGGUUCACCGGUCAAGUGAUGCGCAACCUUCACGUGGUGUUCACCAUGAACCCGUCGUCGGAAGGGCUGAAGGACCGCGCGGCCACUUCCCCCGCCCUCUUCAACCGCUGCGUGCUCAACUGGUUCGGCGACUGGAGCGAUGGCGCGCUCUUCCAAGUGGGCAAAGAAUUCACGAGCCGCAUGGACCUAGACUGCGCUGAUUACGUGCCACCGGAAGAGUUCCCGGCGGCGUGCGGCCACGUGUCCGCCCGCCCGCACCACCGCGAGGCGGUAGUCAACGCCUGCGUCUAUGUGCAUCAGACAUUGCAUAGAGCGAACGCUCGUCUGGCGAAGAGGGCCAAUCGGACUAUGGCUAUCACACCCAGACACUACCUGGACUUCAUCCAACAAAUGGUGAAACUGUACGCGGAGAAGCGUGCUGACCUCGAAGAACAACAACUUCACCUGAACGUGGGUCUCGGCAAGAUCGCGGAGACCGUGGAGCAAGUUGAGGAGAUGCAAAAGAGUCUCGCUGUCAAGUCACAGGAACUGCAAGCCAAGAACGAAGCGGCUAACGCUAAAUUGCGUCAAAUGGUGAAAGAUCAACAGGAGGCUGAGAAGAAGAAAGUCGAGAGCCAGGAGAUUCAGGUUGCACUGGAAAAACAAACAAAGGAGAUCGAAGCGAAACGAAGAGACGUAAUGGCUGAUUUAGCACAAGUAGAACCGGCUGUCAUCGAGGCGCAAAACGCGGUGAAGUCUAUAAAGAAACAGCACCUAGUGGAAGUGAGGUCUAUGGGCAACCCGCCAGCCAUCGUCAAGGUUGCCUUGGAAUCCAUCUGCCUCCUGCUCGGUGAAAACGCCACGGACUGGAAGGCCAUCCGAGCCGUCAUCAUGCGGGAAAACUUCAUCAACAGUAUCGUCUCCAACUUCUCCACUGAGGACAUAACUGACGAUGUACGAGAGAAGAUGAAGACGCGGUACCUUAGCAACCCUGAUUACAACUUCGAGAAAGUAAACAGGGCUAGUAUGGCUUGCGGUCCUAUGGUCAAAUGGGCUAUCGCUCAGAUCGAAUACGCCGACAUGUUGAAACGCGUGGAGCCUCUACGCAACGAGCUAAAAGCACUGGAAGACCAGGCCCAAAGCAACGUAAAGGCUGGCGAUGAAGUAAGAGAACUUAUUGCCCAACUAGAAAAAUCCAUCGCGUCUUACAAGGAGGAAUACGCGCAGCUCAUCAGUCAAGCACAGGCUAUCAAGACUGACUUGGAAAAUGUACAGGCUAAGGUGGAUCGCUCCAUAGCCUUGCUGAAGAGCCUUGUGAUCGAGCGUGAACGCUGGGAGUCCAGUUCGGAGACGUUCCGUUCGCAAAUGAGCACCAUAGUAGGCGACGUUUUGUUGUCCGCCGCCUUUAUCGCUUACGGAGGGUACUUUGAUCAGCACUACCGUCAAAACCUAUUCACGACGUGGACAUCGCACCUCGCCGCAGCGAACAUAAAGUACCGUGCAGACAUCGCUCGCACGGAGUACCUCAGUAACCCCGACGAGAGACUGCGCUGGCAGGCCAAUGCUCUGCCUACCGACGAGUUGUGCGUGGAGAAUGCUAUCAUGCUUAAGCGCUUCAACCGCUACCCGCUGAUCAUCGACCCGUCGGGCCAGGCCACGGAGUUCAUCAUGCGAGAGUUCAAGGAGCGCAAGAUCACCAAGACUUCCUUCUUGGACGACUCCUUCAGGAAGAACCUGGAGUCUGCGCUGCGGUUCGGAAACCCCUUGCUUGUACAGGACGUCGAAAAUUACGACCCGAUCCUGAAUCCAGUGCUGAAUCGUGAGUUGCGGCGCACGGGAGGCCGCGUGCUCAUCACGCUGGGAGACCAAGACAUUGAUCUCAGUCCGUCCUUCGUCAUAUUCCUUAGCACUAGGGACCCAACAGUGGAGUUCCCCCCGGACAUGUGCUCCCGCGUGACGUUCGUCAACUUCACGGUGACGCGCUCGUCGCUGCAGUCGCAGUGCUUGCACCGCGUGCUCAAGGCGGAGAGGCCGGACAUCGAUACGAAGCGAUCCGACUUACUCAAGCUGCAAGGUGAAUUCCAUCUUCGUUUGCGGCAAUUGGAAAAGUCCCUCUUGCAAGCGCUCAACGACGCAAAAGGCAAGAUCUUGGACGAUGAUUCUGUCAUUGCGACCCUGGAAACCCUUAAGAAAGAGGCUGAUGAUAUUGGACAGAAGGUGGAGGAAACCGACAAAGUCAUAGCUGAGAUUGAAACCGUUAGCCAACAAUACUUGCCGCUUUCACAAGCUUGCAGCAGCAUCUACUUCACAAUGGAGUCGCUGAACCAAGUGCACUUCCUGUACCAGUACUCUCUGAAGAUGUUCCUCGACAUAUUCAGCACUGUGUUGGUGUGUCCGCUGCUCAAUGGCGUAACUGACUACACGGCCAGGUUAAAGACCAUCACUGAGGAACUGUUUACUGCGGUGUACGAGCGCGUGGCGCGCGGCAUGCUGCACACGGACCGGCUGACGUUCGCGCUGCUGCUGUGCCGCAUCCAGCUGAAGGGCGCGGGCGCGGAGGACACGCUGGAGCGCUCGUUCGGCGUGUUCCUGGCCGGCAAGGACGGCUACGCGGCGCCCGCGCACGCGCCCGACCAGCUCACGCCGCAGCAGCGGGACGCGGCCGCCAGGCUGGCCAACAGACUGCCGGCGUUCCGCAACCUGCUGGCGAAGGCGGCGUCGCUGCCGGAGCUGGGCGCGUGGCUGGCGCAGGCGGCGCCCGAGCAGUGCGUGCCCACGCUGUGGGACAGCGAGCCCGCGCAGCCGCCGCCGCCGCACACGCACGCCAUGUACCGCCUGCUGCUCAUACAGGCAUUCCGCCCCGACCGCGUGAUAGCCGCGGCCACACAGCUAGUGACGGCGGUUCUCGGCAGCUCCUUCAUGGCCAAGGCGGAGACGGAGUUAGACCUCACCUCCAUCACAGAGCAUCAACUCAAUGCUACCACGCCCGCGCUGCUCUGCUCUGUGCCCGGAUAUGAUGCUAGCGGCCGCGUGGAUGACAUGGCUACGGACCUGAACAAGCCUUUGUCAAGCAUCGCCAUUGGUUCAGCCGAAGGCUUCAACCAGGCUGAGAGAGCAAUCAAUACGGCGUGUAAAACUGGACGGUGGGUGAUGUUGAAGAACGUGCACCUAGCGCCAGUGUGGCUCGUGCAGCUGGAGAAGAAGCUGCACUCGCUGUCGCCGCACCCCAGCUUCCGCUUGUUCCUGACGACGGAGAUCAGCCCCAAGCUGCCCGUCAACCUGCUGCGCGCCGGCCGCGUGCUGGUGUUCGAGCCGCCGCCCGGCAUCCGCGCCAACCUGCUGCGGACCUUCGCCACGGUCUGUCUGUCUGUCUGUGUGUCUGUGUCUCCUCACAGCUCCCCCUUGUUCCUGACGACGGAGAUCAGCCCCAAGCUGCCCGUCAACCUGCUGCGCGCCGGCCGCGUGCUGGUGUUCGAGCCGCCGCCCGGCAUCCGCGCCAACCUGCUGCGGACCUUCGCCACGGUCUGUCUGUCUGUCUGUGUGUCUGUGUCUCCUCACAGCUCCCCCUUGUUCCUGACGACGGAGAUCAGCCCCAAGCUGCCCGUCAACCUGCUGCGCGCCGGCCGCGUGCUGGUGUUCGAGCCGCCGCCCGGCAUCCGCGCCAACCUGCUGCGGACCUUCGCCACGGUCUGUCUGUCUGUCUGUGUGUCUGUGUCUCCUCACAGCUCCCCCUUGUUCCUGACGACGGAGAUCAGCCCCAAGCUGCCCGUCAACCUGCUGCGCGCCGGCCGCGUGCUGGUGUUCGAGCCGCCGCCCGGCAUCCGCGCCAACCUGCUGCGGACCUUCGCCACGGUCUGUCUGUCUGUCUGUGUGUCUGUGUCUCCUCACAGCUCCCCCUUGUUCCUGACGACGGAGAUCAGCCCCAAGCUGCCCGUCAACCUGCUGCGCGCCGGCCGCGUGCUGGUGUUCGAGCCGCCGCCCGGCAUCCGCGCCAACCUGCUGCGGACCUUCGCCACGGUUCCGGCAGCGCGGAUGAUGAAACCUCCUUCCGAGCGUGCGAGAUUAUACUUCUUACUCGCUUGGUUCCAUGGUAUCGUACAAGAACGCCUUCGGUACGUGCCGCUGGGCUGGGCGAAAUACUACGAGUUCAACGAGUCCGACCUGCGCGUCGCCUGCGACACGCUGGACACUUGGAUCGACGCCACUGCUAUGGGUCGCACCAACCUGCCUCCGGAGAAGGUCCCGUGGGAGGCCCUCGUGACUCUCCUGUCUCAAUGCAUCUACGGCGGCAAGAUCGACAACUUGUUCGACCAGAGAUUGUUACACUCCUUCCUCUGCAAGCUGUUCACGCCGCGCUCCUUCGAGGCUGACUUCGCGCUGGUCGCCAAUGUGGACGGCGCGACAGGCAACCAGCGCCACAUCACGAUGCCGGACGGCAACCGGCGCGACCACUUCCUCAAGUGGAUCGAGGAGCUCUCCGACAGGCAGACGCCGUCUUGGCUGGGCCUGCCCAACAACGCUGAGAAGGUGCUACUGACGACGCAAGGCAGCGACCUGGUGUCCAAGUUGCUCAAGAUGCAGCAGCUCGAAGAUGAAGAGGAACUCGCCUAUAACGCGGCCACACAGGAUGAUCCAAUGGCAAUGGUAGUGGAAGGCGAUGGAAGACCGGCGUGGAUGAAGACUCUGCACCAGACGGCUACCACCUGGCUAGAGCUGCUGCCCAAGGAGUUGCCGACACUGCGUCGCACGGUGGAGAACAUCAAGGACCCGCUGUACCGGUUCUUCGAGCGCGAAGUGGCGGCCGGCGCGGCUCUACUGCAGCAAGUUCUGCACGACCUCACCAAUGUUAUCGCCAUCUGCCAGGGCUCAAUGAAGCAGACGAACGAGACCCGCGCCAUGGUGGGCGCGCUGGUGCGCGGCAUGCUGCCGGGCUCGUGGCGGCGCUACGCGGUGGCGCGCGGCUGCACGGUGCAGCAGUGGGUGCUGGACUUCGCGCACCGCGUGGCGCAGCUCGCCACCGUGUCGGCCGCCGUGGCGCAGCAGGGCGCCAAGCGGCUGCAGAGUAUCCCGGUGUGGCUGGGCGGCUUGCUGAACCCCGAGGCGUACAUCACGGCCACUCGCCAGUGCGUGGCGCAGGCUAACUCGUGGUCCCUUGAAGAACUGCAUUUGCAGGUGACGAUCCCAGACCCGGGCUCGCCGGCCGACGCGUCGCAAACGGAGUGGUCGUUCACGGUCACCGACCUCAAGCUGCAGGGCGCCACAGUGAAGGGCAACCGGCUUCUCCUCACCAACACCAUCAUGGUGGACUUGCCUCUCACCGUGCUCACUUGGAUUCGCGGUUCUGAGCCAGCUAGCGCGGGUCAAUCCCUGACCCUGCCUGUGUACCUAAACAGCGCGCGCUCGGAGUUGCUGUUCACGGUGCGACUCCCCAUCGCGCCGGCGCAGGAGCCGCACGCCUUCUACGAGCGCGGCGUCGCACUUCUCACGUCCACUGCGCUCAACUAAACUUAUAGUUGAUACUGCAGCCUUAAUCGCACUUUUACCCCUUAUAUUAAAGCGCCUUUUUUGAUCGUUUUCUUUUACAGCGAUCUUCUUCAGUUACUGCUACUGCGCUACACGUUAUGUGGAUAUAUAGAUUUCAACAAAACAAUUCCUUAUAGCGUUCCUCUAGUGAGGUUAGCAUUGUUCACUCAGAUCUAUCACGCUGGACUAAUUUUCACAUAAAACUACACACUAUAACAUAUGGAGGUUAACAGUAUUCACAAAGUUUGUUAUAAUAAAAAUAUGGGUUAGUUUCAUGAAGAGAUUUAUUGAGUGCGAUCAAAAUUGUAUACUCGUGCGUUUAACGCAUUACAUAAGCUUGAUAUUGUUUAAACUUAUUUACUGUUUAUCUAACAAGCAAAUAAAUAUUUAUUGGAGCUAAAA